CUUCCCGACAGACUAAAUUAGCUGUUCAAACAUUGCUAUCUAAAAUAACUAAUGUUUUACAAGUUUUUUGCAUUAAUUGUCAAGAUUACUACUUUAAAAUUUCUUGAAAAGAUAUAUUUUAAAAAUGUAUCGCGCUUUGUAUGCCCAUAAAAGCAAACUGCCUAAAUAUUUGUCUUUUGAAGCUGGUGAUAAAUUUACAUUGGUGGACACCUCAGUUUCUGAUCAGUGGUUUCUAGCACAAAAUGGUUUAGGAGAAAUAGGUUUCGUUCCAUUUAAUUACAUUAAGAAAAUACAGGCAUCCACAGAUCAGCUUGUAAAAUUUAUUGAUGGAGCUAUGGAAGCCAUUCAUUUGCAGGCCACAAACAAUGGUGGACAGUAUUCACAUGAACAACGUCUUGUUAUGAAGAAAUUAGUGAAACAUCGUGGUGAUGUGAUCAAAAGUGCACCAUCUGCAGAAACUAAAUCUUCAGGACGAAGACGACCAGCACCAGCGCCACCUGUUGACAAAACAAGCUCUGAAGGCUCUGCAACAAGGAAAGAUGUUGACCUUGUUGUUGAAGGCCACAGACCUAAUUCUAUCAUAGAGAGUACAAAAUCAAGUGAAAGUGGUUCCAAGAAGAAUGUCAAGCAAACUGGCUCCAAGAGUAAGAAAUGUGAGAGUCACCGCACCUCCGCUCACUCUGAAAUUUGUGCCAGAGACGUCAUCCAUGACGAUGGCGUCAAAAAAAGCAAAAGUGUGACCAGCAGCAUUGGUCAAGCCCCCUCAUUAGUUUCAUCUUUCUCUAGCGAUGUGACCACAACCGACUCAAUCAAUGAUAACUCCAGGGCAUCAGAUGGGAGUGGGUCUGAUGAUGUGAGCCACAGGUUCAAGCUGUCUGCUAAUGAGGAAACAAACAGACAAGGUUACGCUGGUCAAGCUCAUUCUAGUGAGAAGGGCAAUGGCUUUGAUUCAGAUGAAGAGGCAACCCAAUGUAAAGGUGACCAGAGCUUGGUCCAGUCGACACACAGUGAUGUCGAUUUUUGCGAUGAUACAUAUCCUGGCGUCAUGCCGCCACCACCUAUACAAUAUGAUUUAGAUGAAAGCUACGACAACAGGGCAUCUAUCAGCGACAUGAAUGAUGUAGAACUACCAUUAGAAGACUUGCCCCCUCCUCCUCCAGAAGAUUAUGAUGAAUUUGAAGAUGACCGACUCCCCCCUGCCCCCACAGACUUGUCACCAGUGGAAGAAGUGUUGAAGGUGGACGACAUGUAUGUCAGCCUCAACUCAGACAUCUUAGAACUAUGUGGCAGGAAGCCUCUAGAGGAAUGUUGCUGUGAUGAUUUCCAGCCAAAGUUUGAUCCUAAAGGAAAAUUCUUCGCUCACAAUUCCUUGGAGUUGUUGCCCCCAAGAAACGUCAAGGUAAAAAAGAAAGAGAGGCACGAGUCCAAACUGGCGUCCCGGGUGUUUGGGUCUGUGUUGAAGCAUGCAGAUGCUGCAAGUGGCAGGGAAUCCUUACACAAACAACAGGAGCUGCUGGAACUGGCCCAGGCCCACUGUGUUCAGGUGACCCAUGCUGACUGUGAGGAGAUGAUUGGUGAGUUUCGCAGAGUAACAAACCUGAGCCACGAAGAGAGCCACUGGGCCAUUGUGACUGUCAUGAACCUGCUGUCUGCUAAAGUGCCCCACAUCAAACCUUCCCUGGAGGUUGUAGGGAUGCGCUUUGGUCUGGCUCAUGAGUGCCGGAGUACAGGCCGAGACUACCAGUGUGAGGACAUGUUGACACUAGAACGUUUGAUAUCAGAGCUGGCGGCUGUAACCAAUGACUCGCAGCAGCGCGGGCACUACCUCAGGGAUGACCUUGACAGCAUUAUAGACAUCAUCACUGGCUUGUCUGAGACAUUGAGUAAUGCCAAGCACUGUGUCAGUGUGGCAGCUAUACAGAAGGACAACUACAACAUGGUGGAAGUCAUUGCCAAGUAUUACCAAAUGGAGACGAGGUGGGUCAUAAGAUCGUGCAUGCUGCAGUUGAUUGAGACCAUCUGCCGACUCAAUUCUCUAGCCAUCCAAGAGUUUCUGUACUCAGAGCUGCCGCAGGAAAUGGUUGCAGAGAUGCAGCAACACCAGAACUGUGAUACACGAGUACUGCAAGUGGCAAAAACUCUAGGGAUCAUUUUUAUGAAAGGACAGACCUCCCCUCACAAGCUUGCUUCAACUAUGGACAUUCAUUUCUUCAUCUGGCUCCUGGGCAUGUCUGAGACAAUGGCUGAGCUGAAUCGCCUGAACGACGUGGACACUCUGCUAGCGCUGGUCUGUGCCUACCACCUGCAGCAUGAGGACUGCUCCCAGAACCCCGUCACUGAGGCGCUCAAGUUGGCCCAGGCACACGCACUCCUGGCUUCAUCCCUCAUCUUCUUGUCUAAACAUGAUGACCCCACAAGACUGCUGGAGUCUGGCAUAGAGCCCAAGGUCAACUCCGUCAUCCUGCUGUUAACAAAUUUAUUUGACAACCCAGACACAUCAGACCUCCUGUACACCAACGAUGUUGAAGCCCUCAUCGGCAUCUUUGAGGAGUUUUUACGAGAUCUCAGCCAGGAUGAUCCACUGCGAAAGGAAAUGCUGCACCUACUAGAAAAUUUUCUGCGUAAUUACCCAGACACAAUGACGUUUAAAAGGGCGCUAUGCUUGCGUCUGGGCAGACUGUUAGUAAAUAUUCAAGAAGAGAAAGGAAGUUACGGGGAAAUAGCUGGUAGAAUCCUGGAAGACAACAGUGUUAUAUUUGAUGACAUUUGACCCUGAUGCCAGUCGCUGUAGUUUAAUUUAUCUCUGCUGUUCAAUUACAUUCUCUUAGUCUUGUGAUAGUGAUAUCAAAUUUUUGAUCAAGUAGCUAGUUUUGAUUUCUACUUUUUUCUCUCUUUUUACCUGCACACAGACUUAAAAAUAUGAAAAUUCCAGAAUUUUACCCUGGAAUUUAACUUCUGUAUAACCAUCAAUGUCAGCAUGUUGAUCAUUUCUGUCAUUUAAUUUUACAACUAUAAAUGUUAAAUUCAGUAUUAAUUAGAAUUUUAAAUCAUAGAUUAUUUAUUUUUCUAUUACAUUGCUUAAUAUUUCUUAAAACAUUAGCUUACUUUUUAAAUACGCUUACUCAGUAAUGGAUAUUAUACUACAAUUUUAUUACAAUUUUUUUACCACCAUUUGCAUUAUACGACCAUAAUUUUCCCACCUUUUAUACAUUCUCUCUCAGAGACUUGCAUUUAUAAUGGACAAUAAUAGAUUUUCUUUGAGUAGAUUAUCCUGCAUUUGAUUCCUAUACUGGUGAUCCCUUUCUGUUAAUCCAACUUUUCAUCUGCCAUUGGUCGGUAUACAUAACUGUUGUUUUCUGUUGCGAGUAAUUUAUGCAGUGUUAGAGUCUUGUUUUUGCUUGCCUGCAUAACUAACCUGUGUUUUUGUGCAAUAAUGCUGUAAGAAAAUGUUUACAUUGUUUGUUUUAUGUACAAUGAAUCAAAUUUAGGUUUUUUAAUUAUUCAUUUUGAAAUGCCUUGUAACACUGUUGUUUUAAUCACUGUAAUGUUGUUGAAAAUUUUGUUCAAUUUUAAUGAGACAUUGAUUUGGGUAUAUGAACAUUAAAAGUCUUGGGUAUUUAUUAAAUGACCUAGGUGACUAGUUACAUUUUAAAAUUAUCCUUUAUAUCCGUUAUUUGGCCGUAUACCAAAUAUCACCUAUCUUCCUACCAGGGUAUGUUUUAAAUGUCAACAGUGACCCUAAUACAUAUGAUAAAAUCGUGGCUAACAUCUAUUUAAAAUGUCCAUUGCUCAAUAAGGGUUAAAGAUUUUUUUCUAUCUACAUGUCCUUUACCAUCUCACUGAGGUUGUGAUUUUUUUAACUUUUUUUUUAAAAAAGGAGAAUAACUUUAUAUAAAUGUAGCUAUUUAUUACAAAUUAUUUGCAUAAUUGAAUGACCCAGUAAGACUUGAGUGUUUGCACACCUAGCACAGCACCAUGGAUGUGCCACUUAGUUUUUGUGUCACACUUUUGGGUUCAUUUAUGAGUAGUUUUAAACAUUAUUGUGUCUGUGUUUUAAUUGCUUCCCUUGUGUGAUUAUUUUAAAAUCAUCUUAUUUGAAAACUGUUACCAAUCAAAUUAAAACAACAAUUUUUACAUUUUUCUUCUGUGGCACCAUACAAAUUUUUGCUUAUGCCAUUUUGAAACUUAAUAUUGAAGCAUUUUAAACUAGACUCAGUUUCAUGGAAAAUACUCAUGUACCUUAUGCAUCAGUUAAUAUUUGAAUAUUAAACUGCUUAUAUUAUUACCAUAGACUGUGUAUGAUUGAUAUCAAAUUGCUUAUAUUAUUACCAUAGACCAUGUAUGAUUGAUAUCUAAAUAUCAAAUUGCUUAUAUUAUUACCAUAGACUGUGUAUGAUUGAUAUCAAAAUAUCAAAUUGCUUAUAUUAUUACCAUAGACUGUGUAUUAUUUUAAAUGAAUUUUUUCACUCUAUCCUGGUUAAUGCUAGAUUAUUUUUUUGUUUUCUUAUAAAAGGGUAAAGUUAAUUUAUAUCACACAUAUCUAAAGACAAGAUAAAGCAUCAUGUAGGUUUAAUCUGACCAUGUUAGGUUGAAUCUGACAAUAUUAGGUUUAAUCUGACCAUGUUAGGUUGAAUCUGACAAUAUUAGGUUGAAUCUGACCAUAUUAGGUUGAAUCUGACCAUACUAAGCUUUACUAUGACCAUGUUAGGUGUAAACUGUAACAAAUGAUCUGACCUACUCAGCUGGUAUUUUCCCAGCUAGCUGAUCUGUUAAGUGCCUCAAUGGACUUCCUCAUGCCCUGAAGUUGGAAGGGAUUUUUGUGUAACGAGUUCAUCUCACACAGAGAAUUUUUGUGUAACUAGCUCAUCUCACACAGAGAAUUUUUGUACUAAUGGGUAAUUGUAACUAGCUCAUUUCUCUGGGAAAAUUUUUGUGUAACUAGUUCAUUUCACACAGAAUUUUUGUUUAACUAACUCAUUUCACACAGAGAAUUUUUAUUUAACUAGCUCAUUUCACUUGGAGAAUUUUUGUACUAAUUGGAAAUUGUAACUAUUUUUUUCUUUUACACAUUCAAGACUAAAACACUUGAUUUGUUAUGUAACCUUAAACAAGAUAAAAGAAGUUUGUUUUUUCAAAUAUCUGACUUAAUCCAUUUGUUAAAAAAUGGUGUUUCUAGAAACAUGGUUCAGUAUAUUGGAAAAAAAGUUUUUUGUUUGUUUUCUAUCUUGCACUGGCAAGUAUUUAAAAAAAUACUUUUCACUGACAAUCCUUCAUUUAGUGCUUCCUCGUACAGUAUUUUUAGCUUUUUAAAAACAAAAUUGAUUGUCAAGGCUAAAUUUCAGCUGCUGACAAUUCAAGAUUUUGGCUGCUAACUAGCUGUUGAUAAAGAAUAAUUUGUCAUUUACCUGCUGAUCAAUAAACGAGCUUGUUGAUAAAUGAUGUAAACUUGAUUAAUUAUAGUUCAGUUUUUAAUACAUCACUGUUCUAAGUAGAAACAUAAUUAUUUUUAUAUGCACUAUGUAUACUAGUUGUAAUAGAAAACAAAGUUAACCAAUUAAAUAUUUGAAUUGGUCACUUAAUUACUCUGCUGUUUCAUUUAAUCUGCGAACAAAUCAUGAAGUUAUAAUGGAUAAUUUAUGCACUGAUUUUACAAGAUUCAUUCCUAAUUUGCUCAUAAAUAUUGUCAAUUUGGUUUUUUUUCUUGUAUAGUUUGGAAUGUAGAUGUACGUCCAUGAAAAAGUGCUGGUCUCGUUAAAAAAGAUUUAUCACUGUAAACCUUCUGUGCUAACUUUACAACCAAUGUUACUGGGGCAUGGAUGAGCAAUGUAUUGUUUGCUUAAGUGGGUUAACUGUUGUUGUGUUGGCUUAAGUAGAGGCUGACCAUGUCUCCACUGUCCAUCUGGUGUUACAAUCACUUUAAUAUGCUCCAUCUAGUGUCAUUGCAUUAAAGCACGGGUGAUUAUAGCUAGUCAGUGGUUUAUUUUCAAACUUGAUGUCUGCUGUCAAUUAUCAGAAGCACUUAAUUGUUUUACAUACAUAUUGAUAUACUUAUUAAAUCAGAUAAAACUAUAUAUUUCCACCCAAUCACUAACCUUAGCACUAGACUUAACACUUGGAGUCAACUGUAUUUAGAGGAGAUAUCAUUGCAUGAGUACAUUGGUACAUUCAGUUGUGUUAACAUUUGAAGCCUAUUGUCAUUUUGUUUUUUACUUUCAAGUCAUUAAAGAUAGGGUCUACAGUAUUUCACACUCAACAUCUAGCUGAAUGCGUACUAGUCCUAAACCACUAGAGUAUAUAUGCAGUUAUGUCACUGGUUUAUUUGUGUUUGUGUUAAUUAUAAUUUUGUUGCCUAACAAUUCCAGUUCAUGUGAUAGAAUAUUUAUCAUUUUAAUUUAUUUUCCUUUAGAACUUGCCUUGUGUUUUAUUAGAGAAUUUUUUAUCUAGUAAACCUGUUGU